AUGUAUCGGAAGUUGUCUAAGUUAGAACACUCGGAAAUAAAACAACUUCUUACAGAAGCUAACAUAGAAGUAGCAAAACAUUACGCAACAAACAAAAAAGCACUCGCUGACAUCCUCAAUGACUAUAAUGGUGCAAUAAGUUAUGAUAGAAUUCAUGAGUUCAUAAAGCCGCAACGCGGCGAGGACGAAGUUCAUGCAAGAGAAUUUCCUUUAAAUGACAUUGCUAUUGACUUAUAUCAUAGACGUUCAAUACCUCAUGAAGUAAGAAGAGAAAUGUUUGACAUAACAAAUGCAAACGUUGGUGAAACAAGAAGAAGAGACGACACACUGAAACAACAGAGAAGAGAGAUGUUUAAA